ACCAAUGCUUAGUGCUUAUCAGUUCAGGUCUUAAGGAAACCUUCAAUAAUUCAAUUGACCUCGUGAGUUGAUCUGUUGACAGAAAUAUUUGUUUGACCUCAGUAAAAAUGUUUUCAAUGAAUCCGUUCCUUUUGAGAGAGGUGAAAAUUUUAAAACGUUGCAUAUCCACAAUGAAAUCGUUAUCUCCUCAAUUGGAUUUCGAGUAUAUAUGCGACCCUGUAAACAGCGAAGAAAUAAAAUCCAGGAUAAAAAGAAGAAAGGGGGAAGGAGAUGUUGACCUGGUGAGGAAACUUUACAGCGACCUUUCUUCAACUGGGGAUCCCAGCAUUCGGCAAAGGCUCAUCAAAGAGGCUCUGAAGAUACCGAACAAAUCUCAUCCGAGACUGCUCGGCUUAAAAGAUGAGCCUGAAGUGAUCAAAACCAUCGGUGAUAUCAAACAGACCAAUUUCAAGCCUAAGACCUUUGAAGAACUUGCAAGAAAACUGAAACUGAUAAGGACAGAUACGUCUUGCUUUACAGGCUCUAGGAGUUAUUACCUCAUUGACCAAUUGGCCCAGCUUGAACUCGCUUUGGUGAAUUACUCAGUCUCAAAAUUAAAACGUUUAGGUUUUGAGUUUAUAUCUGUACCUGACAUACUUCCAAAGCAUAUCAUUGAAUACUGCGGAUUUAACACUGAAGGAGAGAGGACACAAGUGUAUAAAUUGGAAAACCUUGGCGAUGAUCUCUGCCUGUCUGGCACCGCUGAAAUGGGCAUUGCAGCAUAUCUUCAAAAUAAGGAGUUUAGUAGUGAUGAACUGCCAAUAAAACUUGCCGCGGUCAGUAGAUGCUUUAGAGCCGAGACAUCUAGAAUAUCUGAAGAAAAAGGCUUAUACAGAGUCCAUCAAUUCACCAAAGUGGAAAUGUUUGGUGUGGCGACUUGUGAAGGCUCGGCUCAACUCCUCGAAGAGUUCAGGGAAUAUGAAGAGGAGACUUUUGCCGAAUUGGGGCUCGUUUUAAGAGUGCUCGACAUGCCAGAAUGUGAACUCGGUGCUCAGGCUUACAGGAAAUACGACGUCGAAGCUUUUAUGCCUGGGAAGAAAAAAUGGGGGGAAAUAUCCAGCACAAGCAACUGCACCGAUUAUCAAGCCAGGCGUUUAAAUAUCAAGUAUGAUGGCCAAUUUGCCCACACGAUUAAUGGAACGGCAUGUGCUGUUCCUAGGAUGAUUAUAGCACUGAUGGAAACCCACCAGAAUAAAAACGGCACUGUUGAAAUGCCAAAACAGCUUGUUCCAUAUCUGGGAUCUUCAACAAUAGGGAUGUCGAGCCUACCAAAAAUUAAACUUUCUAAAGGGAUUUAGGUUUAUAUAUACAUUUAAAAUAAAACACCUUUUAAAAAAUAAUAUA